AUGGCUGACACAACUCUGCAGAAGAAGCCCCUCCCGUUCGUCGCAAACUUCGCGGCCGGUGCCAUUGCGGGUAUCUCUGAAAUCCUUACAUUCUAUCCUCUCGAUGUCGUUAAGACGCGUAUGCAGUUGGAAACAGGCAAGAGCAAGCAGGGCGUAGUAGGAGCGUUCCGAACGAUCAUCAAGGAGGAAGGUUUCGGCCGACUCUACCGCGGACUCGUUCCCCCGCUGCUCAUGGAAGCACCCAAACGCGCUACGAAAUUCGCCGCGAACGACUUCUGGGGCAAGCAGAUCCUCACACUUGCUGGAGACAAGAAGAUGACGCAGCCGCUCGCGAUCGCGACGGGUUGCGCGGCGGGCGCGACGGAGAGCUUUGUCGUCGUGCCAUUCGAGCUGGUGAAGAUCAAGUUGCAGGAUAAGGCGAGCAAGUACGCUGGUCCGAUUGAUGUUGUGAAGCAGGUGGUGAAGAACGAUGGUCUGCUCGGUCUGUACGCGGGCAUGGAGGCUACCAUGUGGAGACAUUUCUGGUGGAAUGGAGGAUACUUCGGGUGCAUUUUCCAAGUGCGGGCGCUGCUGCCGAAGCCAAAGGAUAACAAAACACGCCUGCUGAACGAUCUCCUCGCCGGUACAGUCGGUGGUCUCGUGGUGAAGUCGCGCAUACAAGGCGCCAGCAAGGUACCCGGCGUCGUCCCCAAAUACAACUGGACAUACCCCGCUUUGGUCACAAUCUUCCGCGAAGAAGGGCCCGCGGCGCUAUACAAGGGUUUUGUGCCUAAGGUUCUCCGUCUGGCACCUGGAGGCGGUGUCCUCUUGCUCGUGGUAGAGUUCACGCUCAACAUCUUCCGUCAAGCUCUUGGCCCGCCAUACGUCUGA